AUGAGCAGCGGAGGAGCAGACAUAAUAGUACUCUAUCAAUGGACCAUCGGCGUUCCGUGCCGCACUGACGACGCCAACCCUCUCCCGCUCUCGGGUCUCCUGCCCUGGCACCAGCACGGGCCCUACUCCUUCCACCUCCCUCCCUCCUCCGCCUCCGCCGCUGCUCUAUCCUUCCCGCCGCAAGGCGUUGCUCUGCACCUCGUGCUGCUCGAGGGCACUGCGGCGGACAGCGGCGGCAUGUCGUCUGGCUUCAUUUCCGGUCCUGGAGCUGCGUCCGUGACUGGAGCUGCGUCCGUGACUGGAGCUGCCUCCGUGCCUAGAGCUGCGUCUGUGACUGGAACUGCCUCCGUGGCUGGAGCUGCGUCCGUACCUGGGGGUACAUCUGCGUUGGGUGUUUUUUCAUUGUCUGCCAAGGCGGCAGCGGUGGAAGGCGGGGCGCUAAUGUCAGCUGCAACGGCAGCGGGGAGCAUCGAUGUGGAUCUGAUCACGGUGGCUCCCAGAGGCACAGGUGCGCUCAGAGGCACAGGUGCGCUCAGAGGCACAGGUGCGCUCAGAGGCACAGGUGCGCUCAGAGGCACAGGUGCGCUCAGAGGCACAGGUGCGCUCAGAGGCACAGGUGCGCACAGAGGCACAGGUGCGCUGCUUGGUUGGAAUCACUUGUUCAAUGGACCAGCGGUCGCACUUGCAUGA